CCCCUCGGCGGCGUCCUCCUCCUCCUGCCCGGCCCCGCAUUCCCCGACCAUGCCCGUCCAAGGGGCCGUUGCUGCUGCUGCUGCGGAGACGCUCCUUCUUCUUCCAGCCGGGGACACCAGGCGCAGCGCAUCUCCCCGGGAAGCGGAGGAAGGCGAAGAGGAAGAAGAAGAAGAGGGAGCCGAGGAGGAAGGGGAACUUGCCCGCCGAAGAAGAAGAAGAAGAGGAGGAGAAGGGAGGCGCCGUCCCUGCCUCCGAGGACUCCGCGGCGGCCCUUCCUCGCCUCGUCGGGCUUCCCCAGAGACGCGGCCGGAGCAUGAGGCUCGGGAUCGGCGCCCCGAAGGGCCCUCCCCGCCCGGCCUUGCCCUGGCUGCUCCUGGCGCUGCUGGCCCUCCUCACGCCGCGAGUGGACACCUCCUGGUGGUACAUUGGGGCACUGGGGACAAAGGUGAUCUGUGACAACAUCCCUGGACUGGUCAACCAGCAGCGGCAUCUAUGCCAAACAUAUCCUGACAUCAUGCAGUCAGUAGGGGAUGGAGCUAAGGAAUGGAUUCGGGAAUGCCAGCACCAAUUCCGUCACCACCGCUGGAACUGUAGCACUUUGGACAGAGAUCAUACUGUCUUCGGAAGGGUCAUGCUUCGCAGUAGCAGGGAAGCAGCCUUUGUCUAUGCCAUAUCCUCUGCUGGAGUUGUCUAUGCCAUCACCCGAGCUUGCAGCCAAGGCGAGCUCAAGUCCUGCAGCUGUGAUCCCCACAAGCGUGGCCGCUAUAAGGAUGAGUAUGACUGGGGUGGCUGCAGUGACAACAUCAACUAUGGGAUCAAAUUUGCCAAGGACUUUGUGGAUGCCAAAGAGAAAAUGGUGAAAGAUGCCCGUGCCUUGAUGAAUAUGCAUAACAAUCACUGUGGUAGACUGGCUGUGAAGCGUUUCAUGAAACUGGAGUGCAAGUGUCAUGGCGUCAGUGGCUCCUGCACCUUAAGAACAUGCUGGUUGGCUAUGUCAGACUUCCGCAAAACAGGAGAUUACCUUCGGAAAAAAUACAAUGGUGCCAUCCAAGUAACCAUGAACCAAGAUGGCACUGGAUUUACUUUGGCCAACAAGAACUUCCGAAAGCCCACCAAAAAUGACCUUGUAUAUUUUGAGAACUCACCCGAUUACUGUGUGAUGGACAAGUCUGCAGGUUCAUUGGGGACAGCGGGACGUGUGUGCAACAAGGUAUCCCGAGGGACUGAUGGCUGUGAGGUUAUGUGCUGUGGCCGAGGUUAUGACACCACUCGAAAAACACGAGUCACAAAAUGCGAGUGUAAAUUCCAUUGGUGUUGUGCCGUCCGAUGCAAAGAAUGUGAAGACACAGUGGAUGUUCACACGUGUAAAGCGCCAAAGCGAGCAGAGUGGCUUGACCAAACCUGAGACAAUACUGGACAGAGCCAACGAGGGAAAGUAAAACUGACACAUUGCCACCCUGCCGGCCUGGGCAUUCUGGGAGUUGUAGUUCAACUGCAUGGCUUUUAUUUAUAUUAUUUCUGCAAAGCAUGGAGAAGAAGACUACCUAUCCCACCUGGGAUAACCUGCUUUUCUGUUCCUCCAGCAGAAUUGUUCCCAUAAGUUUCAAAAGAGGAAAAUGACACUGAACUGCCAAAUGACACUGAACUGCAAAAAUUUGCUACGCUUGGUGAAUUCUGUGUGCAAAAGGGGAGCAGGGGAGAACACAGUUGCACAGAGACUGUGAAUCAGGUUAUGAUUUUGCUGGAGAGUUCUGCUUCUACCUAAAUAAUAUGUCUGGACCGUAAAUUAUAAAAUGCACCCAAAGGUAGGAGAGGGGCAGACCCAUAUCCACCCUGGAAAAGGAAAUUUCCAAAGGAAUAUCUGAACAAUCCUAAGAAAGAUCCAUUGUCUGCUAAGAUCUUCUCUGAACAUAUUGGUUGAACAUGGGUAAAUGAAUCUUUACCAUCUUUCCUCUCUAUCUGAAAAUGAACUUGGGAGUUACAAAUUCAGUAGUCUGCCAAAACUGUUCAAUCUGUUUGCAGAGAGGAAGGAGAGCAGAAAGUGAUAUUUGUGUGUGUCUGUGUAUCUCUGCUGGUGUCCAUGGACAUGCUGGUAGGUUUUAAAAGAAAGUAAUAUAACAGUGACUUUUUUGUACAAACCCACUUGUACAUUGUAUACACUGCUUCACAUAUUUUAAACCCAAAAUGCUUCCAUAUAAA